AUGUCUGCUGCUGCAAGCGAGGCGGGUUGGUCCACCAUUGGCGCUCCGACUGGGUUUGCGGCGUGCUGGAGCGUGCCACGUAUCCGACGCUCCGCAUCCUGCGCAGCCGACCGCUGGAUCUGUGCUGAAGCUGCAUAUCCUGAGUCGGGCAAUCCGUACGCAGCAUACACCCGCCCGCCCAUCCGCUCGAUGGUCUUUACUCUGCCGCUCUGCCUCAGCAUCCGCCAGAUGGGUGCCUCGCUUGUGUGGGGUCCAAAUAUGGGGUCGCGCAUUGGAGCCGCAAGAGGGCUGCAGGGCGCCCGGGCUCCGAAUCUCGCUCGACUCUCGACGUUGCAUGAUCUUCAGGACGGCAGUGGCGAGGACUUUGCUGGUGACGAGACAGGUAUCCUUGCGUCAAGCCGAAGCGAUUUGUACGCAACGCGAGCGAUCCAGUGCGGGGACUAG